AUGGGAUUGCAUACACUUAAUUGUGUUGCUAGGGUUUGUAGGAAGGAAAAGGGAAAAAAAGAUGUCUUACUUCCUCACUUGCACUCUGGUUGGGCUGUGGAUCAAGCCAUCCUUGCUGAGGAGGAACGACUUGUUGUUAUUAGAUUCGGUCAUGACUGGGAUGAGAGUUGCAUGCAGAUGGAUGAGGUACUGUCUUCAGUUGCUGAGACAAUAAAGAAUUUUGCUGUGAUCUAUCUAGUCGACAUCACUGAAGUGCCUGAUUUCAACACCAUGUAUGAGCUUUACGACCCAUCAACAGUCAUGUUCUUUUUCCCUAACAAACACAUUAUGAUUGAUUUGGGAACUGGAAACAACAAGAUCAACUGGGCACUCAAGGACAAGCAGGAGUUCAUCGACAUCAUUGAGACUGUUUAUCGUGGGGCCCGGAAAGGUCGAGGUCUGGUGAUUGCACCUAAAGACUACUCCACAAAGUACCGUUACUAGAAGUCUAGAACCUGCUAUUUCAACUGCACAAGGCUAAGUCUUUGAC